AUUCAAUCAGCUUAUUACGAUGGUGUAUGCGAAAGAAGGAAUGAUGAUUAAUUACAUUACUAUGUUGACUAAACCAACAAAUCUACCUCAUUUAUUCAUUCAUCGUCUUUUUGGGGUCUCAGUCUCGCUUUUUCUUUAGCCACCUUAUCGUGUACAUUUCACCCGGUGAAUACAACAGAAACCCGUGAACUCCUUCCUAUUCUCUUUAUUAUAAGUAAUAACCCUCUCUCUCUCUCUUUCUCUCUCUGUGUGUUUUGAUUUGGUUAGCUUUCUGAAUGUGGGGCUUUGGAGUUCGGAACUUGGGCGGUUUUCAGUAGUUGGAAAUACAGUCGAGUUGCUUUCCAGAGGCGGCAGCUGAGAGAACGAUUAUCAGACAAGGAGCACGGAUCAGUUCUAUUAACUAAAGUGGGCGGACUCAAGAGCAUGUGAUACGAGAUUAGUUGGGAGAAACCAUUAGUUAACCAAGACAAGAAUGAAGUUUAUGAAACUUGGGACCAGGCAUGAUACCUUCUACACAGAAGAGGCAAACAGGUCUGUCUCUUCAGAUGUGCCAAGCGACCUCACCAUACAAAUUAACAACAUUAAGUAUCUGCUUCAUAAGUUCCCACUCCUUCCAAAAUGUGGCCUCUUACAAGGACUCUGUUCUGAUACUGACAACCCUAGCGAAAUAUCAGUAGUAGAGCUUCAUUUAAUUCCUGGAGGAGAAGAAGCUUUUGAGCUGUGUGCUAAGUUCUGCUAUGGUAUUGCUAUUAGUCUCAGUGCUCGAAACAUUGUACCUGCAUUAUGUGCUGCAAAGUUCCUUAGGAUGAAUGAAUCUGUUGAGAAGGGAAAUUUUGUCAUGAAGCUUGAAACCUUCUUCAACUCAUGCAUCCUUGAAGGUUGGAAGGAUUCAAUUGUGACACUACAAACCACAGCACAGCUAUCAGAGUGGUCUGAAAAUCUUGGAAUCAUCAGGCGGUGCAUUGACUCAAUUGUUGAGAAGAUUCUCACACAUCCAUCCAAGGUUACAUGGUCCUUCACUUACACCAGGCCAGGAUACACAGAAAAGCGCCACCAUUCUGUCCCAAAGGAUUGGUGGACAGAGGACAUAUCUAAUCUCAAAAUAGACCUUUUUCAAUGUAUAAUUGCAGCAAUAAAAUCAACAAAUAUGCUCCCACCACAGCUCAUUGGAGAAGCAUUGCAUGUAUAUGCAUGCAGAUGGCUACCAGUAACAACAGAGAAUACAGUAUCUCAGACUGAAGAAGCCAAGGAGAAACAUCAGAAGCUGCUUGAGAGCAUUGUAAGUAUGAUACCAACUGAUAAGGGAUCAGUCUCAAUUGGGUUCCUGUUGAAGCUACUGAGCGAGGCAAAUUUUCUUGGUGUAUCCUCUUCGACAAAUGCCCAGCUCAUAAGGAGAGCAGGUAGGCAACUAGAGGAAGCAACUGUUAGGGACUUGCUCUUCCCCUCAUACUCAUCUACAGAUCGGCAUUUCUAUGAUAUCGACUUAGUAGGGGCAGUUCUAGAAAGUUUCUUGAUACAAUGGAGAAGAAAAGGCUCUCCAGAAGACAGUGAGUCUGUAAAAGUGAUAAGGAAGGUAGCACAGGUUAUUGAUUCAUAUCUCCAAGUUGUUGCAAGGGACGUCAAUAUGCCAGCUUUGAAGGUAGUCAUUCUUGCAGAAUCCUUGCCAGAAAUUGCCCGGCCACAGCACGAUGAGAUUUACAAGGCAAUCAACAUUUAUCUCAAGGAGCACCCAGAUUUAAGCAAAGCAGAGAAGAAGCACCUCUGUCGAAUUCUGGACUGCAGAAAAUUAUCUCCUCAGGUAUGCGCACAUGCGGUAAGGAAUGAGCGGCUGCCAUUGAGAACGGUAGUGCAAGUGCUGUUCUUCGAACAGGAGAGAGGUGUCAGGCCAACCACUCACCAACCCCCACAAGACGAGGUCAUCCCUGGAGAUGGACACCAGAUGCCAAUUCACAGAGACAAGAAUUACAGCAAGUCAAAAGUAUCUGAUCAAACAAAUCAUCCUAAAACGAUGAGACUAGAUGAAAAGCUGGCGGUGGAGUUGGAAAAGAUGGUGGUUGCCAGGAGAGAGGUGAGGGAAGCGGAUACUAAGAAGGGGCAAGAGAUAAGAGAGGAAGCAAAGUCUGGAAGCAAGAUGGAAGCUAAGAAAAUGGAGAGGAAGAGCAAAUCAAAAGUAAGAGAAACGUCGUCCUAGCUAUCUCUGCACUUCUUUUUUGCUCCUUGUAAAUCUAUCCAAAAGUGCGCCAUUUCACCACAGAUCUUGUGAACCUUUAAUUAUGCCCGCUUUUCAUUUCUUUCUGUUCAUUUGCUUAACUAAUGGCUCAUCCAAUCCAUAGAAAGCUGAAGUGCAGAAACAAUUCAUACACUGGUCUUCAAUGCUUAAUAAGUUUGGUUACUAUAACUA